UCAAAAUCAUGAAGACUCCAUCCAUUUCCACUCUUUUCUUCAUUCUUUUUGUUAUCUUUUCGUCCUCGUCGGCAGCUUCUGCUGAUGACCACGACGAUUUUCUCGAAUGUCUAUCAGAAGAGUUUCAUAACUACACCUCCAUUUCGAGGGUUGUUUACACCCCAACCAACUCAUCUUACUCCUCCAUCCUGCGAUUUUCGAUUCAAAACCUGAGAUUCACGUCGCAAUCCACCCCAAAACCCCUAGUGAUCAUAACUCCGGAGCACGAAUCCCACAUAACGCCUGUCAUCUAUUGUGCCAAAGAAAAUGACAUGCAAAUUAGAACUAGAAGUGGUGGCCAUGACUACGAGGGACUGUCUUAUGCAUCUGAAGUCCCAUUCGUGAUCAUUGAUUUGAUCAACCUUAGUAAAGUAACAGUUGAUGCUGAGCAGAAAACUGCAUGGAUUGGAGCUGGUGCAACCAUUGGAUCGUUAUAUUAUAGGAUCGCGGAGAAAAGCCCAAUACUAGGGUUUCCAGCUGGUGUUUGCCCAACUGUUGGUGUUGGUGGCCACAUCAGUGGAGGAGGCUACGGCAUAUUGCUCAGAAAAUAUGGCAUGGCUGCAGAUAAUGUUAUUGAUGCAAGAAUAGUAGACGUUAAUGGCAGGAUUCUCGACAGAGAGUCGAUGGGUGAGGACUUAUUCUGGGCCAUUAGAGGUGGUGGUGGUGCCAGUUUCGGUGUCAUUCUCGCGUGGAAAGUACAAUUAGUGGAUGUUCCAGAAAGAGUCACUGUUUUCACAAUCGACAAGACUUUGGAACAAAAUGCCACUCAACUCAUCCAUCGCUGGCAAUACAUUGCACAUAGAUUCGACCCAAAUUUGUUCAUCAGAAUCCUCAUAAGAAGGGUGAAUUCCAACCAGGAUGGAAGGAACAUGACUGUUCGUGCUUCCUUUAAUUCAAUUUUCCUUGGCGGGAUUGACAAAUUGCUCCCGUUGAUGCAAGAAAGUUUCCCUGAAUUGGGCUUGCUAAGAGAAGACUGCAUGGAAAUGAGUUGGAUCCAAUCCAUCUUGUAUUUUGCCGGGUUCCCCAUAGAAUCACGUGAAGUUUUGUUGAAUAGGACACAACCCGACGUAAGAUACUUCAAAGCAAAAGCCGAUUAUGUACAGAAACCCAUUCCCGAAUACGGGUUUGAAGGCAUUUGGAGACUGUUCUAUGAACCCGAAGCCGAGGAGGCCGAGGUCAUCUUGAGUCCAUACGGUGGAAGAAUGGAUGAAAUUUCUGAAUCCGCAAUUCCAUUUCCUCAUAGGGCUGGUAAUUUGUACAAAAUUCAACAUCUAGUGUACUGGGAAGAAGAAGAGGCUCAAAAUUCCGACCGAUACAUAAGUUGGAUUAGGAGGCUUUACAGUUACAUGGCUCCUUACGUUUCCAGGUUCCCAAGGGCAGCAUACAUCAAUUAUAGAGAUCUCGACAUUGGAGUGAAUAACAAUGAAGGGAAGAUAAGUUAUGAACGAGCAAGCGUUUGGGGCAUCAAGUACUUCAAAAACAAUUUCGAUCGAUUGGUUAUGGUGAAAACUGCUGUCGAUCCUAAGAAUUUCUUUAGGAAUGAACAGAGCAUUCCCCCAAGGUGGACAAAGAAAGAUCACCAAGAUUACAUCCGGGACAUGGUUCUAUAAACAUAUACAUCUAUAUACGUUUCCCUUCAUUUGAUUUCAUUAUAUAUACUAUUUGUAUGCGAAUAAGGCAUUGUCAUUUGUAGCAUAAUAUAUGUUUUUCCUGUCAUGAUAUUGUACUAAUAAAUUGAUUCGUUGGUGAAAAUAAACUCUAUGAUUUUGUCAAGGAAAGGGAGAUCGAUAUAUGGCAAAACUGUACAAAUUCAGUCCCAGAAAGAAAAAUUGUG